GGUGAGACGCGUCACGCCCGCUGGGCUUCACCUGCAGCCAACGGACACAGCGCCAUCGCGCUCUUGCGCCAGACACACGCCGUGGUGGCCAUGGACUACCCUCUGUACGGCUCGACGCUCCAUCUGUAUCGCGCAUCUCCGCUCUACCAUGGCUCCAGUCCGUUGUUCGACAGCCUGCAGCUCCACGCUCGACGACUGCAGGACCACCUUGCGGACGACAAUGCCAGAAGGCUCCUGUUGGCGGACCUCCAGCCUGAAAUCGCCGGCUCCGGCAGCCUCGAAGCGUGUGAAUGGAGCCUGAUCGAUGACCAGGCGUUGCGGGAAACUGUACGAGGCGAUCCUGCCCGCCUGGAUCCCAACAACGCACGUGGUGUCCACGUACAACUGAAGUUCGAGCGAGCAAAGUAUAAUGCUUUGUUGCUCGGCGACCGCUCGAAGAUGUCGGCCACAAGCGGCUUCACUUCGCUGCCUCUGUUGCUCUUGCGCAUGCCAGCCACGCUGAGAGAGCUGUUUCUUGAUUUCCUUUCCAGGACGUUUGAUUCGCACAUCUUUCCUAUGAGCCUGCGCUCUUCGUUCCUCAGUUCAUCGCUGGAGCGCCUGCUGCAGCAAACCAUUACCCGGGAGGAGGACGAUGCCCUGCUCGACCUUGAAUCGCUGUCAAAAGGUGUCGGCGUUCAGUUGUCCUUUCCAGCAGCAGCCCCGCAUCUUAAGAGCCUCGACAUCGUCAUUGCCAAAGACGACAUUCGCGAGUUCCAGAGCAGAGGCGACGGGCUAUGGAGGCAGUUUCAGACAAGUAGGCCUCGCGACAAUGAUUGGGAUGUCAGACCUGAGCGAAAAAUCACCGGUCCAUUUACAGCUGCUCUUUCGGCAUAUUUAAGCAACCACACCGCCAUGGAAUUCGACAGUCCGGCCGUUGUCAUCUCUAAAAUUGCUCUUGGUCCAUUCGCGCUUAGUGCCGAAGGGAAAGUCAAAGUACUGUCAACAUCGGCCGCAGCUACGACGUUUUGGGAGGCGCUGAUUGGCGAAGCACAUGGAACAGUUUUCGAGUCUGUGGGGGAAGCAACGACAGCAUCAAAACCAGCGCCUUCCAAAGCACACGCGAGGAAGCAGAAGUUGAAAAACGCACCGCUGGAGACUCCAUCACCGCAUGGGCUGGUCGGUACAACUCAACGGUUGCGGUAGGCGGUCAGCCUUAUGCCAUGAGCGCAUUCUUGAUAUAUAUCUGCAUUGUACUAUAGGAUACCCACACAAACUUGGUUCGUUAUUUAACAUUCCUAAAGCAAGAUGAGAAUCAUGCGCUCUGUUCAUCCUCUCGAUUUUCAGCAUUUCUCGACCAUUCUGGACCCCGCUAGUACAUAAGAACUUCGCAGAGCUGACCAGAUAAGCUACGAUAGACCCUUGGGCGUUGUAGCCCAGGAGGGCGAUUUGCGAGAACCAUAUCAUUUAGUCUGGACUGACUUAGGGACGUACAAGGCCAUUGUUAUGACGAGGCGGAUGACUGUUCAAAUACGACGGCUUUCGUAUGACUUGUGUUUAUGAGCAUGAUCAACAUGUAUUCGAAAGCACCAACUACGCAAAUAGUAAAUUUUCAAAUCACCGUGA